GACAUUGUUUAAAAAAAAUGAUGAUAACAAACAUGGCGUGCUAGUAGAGCGUCUCUCUAAUCUGUUUACCAUUUUGCUUUUUUUACAAUUAUUCAGAUCCGCGUUAUCAUAGUAUGCGGUUACUGACAAAGGGACGAAGACUAGAUGUCGCUCGGAAUAGGAGGGGCCGGGGCGGCGGCGCUCGGCGGUAGAGGUCGAGGCGGGUGAUAUGCAAGCGGCGCCGGCGCGCUACGUGUCCGCGAGCGAGUUAUACUCGACCGACGAAGUGGAGCUGUUGCUGGAAGAGAUAAGAGAGCUGGAGCCGACUAGCUGCCGCGGCGAGGACGUGCAGGACUUCGAAAUCGCUGGCAGUGGGUGCGCGGGCGCGGGCGGUCGCUCGCCUGCCGGUACGGAGCUCACGGAGCGCUCGUGGGACUCGCACGCACACUACUCGCGUGCUCCGCCGCCGCGCCCGCGCGCUCUCGCACCUGUCUACUGCCACCUCUCGUACUUGAUCACGCCGACGGGCGGUUUGACUUUUCUUCUAGUGUUGUGUUCUCUCUGUGUUUGCAUUUGUGUGUGGGGAGCCCUAGGACUACGUGCCGCAUCUGCCGCUAAGCCACUGUUGUUUGGGGCACUUACUUCCUUCAUGCUGCAUACGAUCCUCAUGUUGAUGCACAUCUCCUUGUUGGAUGCAUUAUUGCCCGUCGAUUGGAACAGAUUUAGCGGAGUAUCAUUCGCGUGGAGCGCGUCGUGGCUGACCGGCGGUGCCGUCGCGCUGCUGGUGGCGCUGCCGUCGCCCGCCGCGCACUCCACCGUCGCGUCCAUGCUGUACACCGCCGCCGGCUGCGCGCUGGGCGGCGCGGGCGUGGCGCUGCUGGGCGCGGGCGUGUGCGUGCGCGGCGGCUGCGUGCGCGCGGGGCGCGCGGGGCUGCGCGCGGCGCGCUCGGGCUCGCUGCGCGCUGCCUACCGCGCCGUGCCGCAGGCCUCCACGUCGCGCGACCGCGCCUUAUAGUGACCGCCGUCGUCCACCGACUUCUAGUCGGUGCCGUGAGUGUAGUGUGGUAGUGGCGCCCCAGUACUGAAACAAGUUUUUUAAACCUAUUUCGAUGAAACCCCAAUUUUCUAGAGCCGGGAUCGUUUUAAAAUACCUCCGUCUGCGGGACGGGGCCGGUCCGCGGUCGCCGCCGAGCUGUGAGGUCCGUGGGCGAUCGGGGAGCCCUCUCGUAUAGUCGCGUGUGUCUCGCAUGAAAUUUGUUUGUGAUGGAAUUGGCACAAAACAUAAUGUCUUCUUAAAUGGGACUUGGAGCUACCUAGUCUCGUUGAUGUCUCGAUCGUUAGCGUAUAGAGUGAUCGAGGGAGCCCCAGUUGGGUACGGUUUCGCGGAGUUCUAAAGGACUCCGAAGAUGAAUUGAUUAUAUUCUUAUGUAACAAAUUAGCAUUUACUUUUAGGACCGUCUUAUUUCAGGAGCGAUGAGCACUGGACUUUUGAUAUGUUAGUGGUACGUCACACGAGAAGGAUCGGAGAUUGUCUAAUACUGCCACUAGAUUUCGCCUGUGAUUCACGUCCAUGUAAUUAUCUAGUCUUAUUGAUCUGUAGGAGCAGUAGGGCAAAAUAGAUUUGAUCACAACUGCUGCUAAUUGUGCCUCUAAUGUCAUUCUUAAUGACAAUUUAUACAAAUUCCUGAAUGUUUAGAAUGAAUCGGUUUUAGCGAAUGGUUUGGUUUAUCUCGAGAGAGCGGUUCCUCAUCUAUUUUGCUGGACUGUUGUUUGUUCGUUCAUUACAUUGUAUUUAAACGUUAUUAUUUACCAAGUCUGAUUUUGAUGCUAGUCCAUUUAGUGUAAGUAUUUAUUUUUAUUACUAACGAGCGGCAUUCCUUAAGUAGUUUUUGCACAAAUAUUAGAUUAUUCGCAAACAAUAUUUUAUCUGUAUUUUUGAAAGCUUCUGCCCGUUACUUCGACGCCCGGUGGCGUGUCCGGCUGUCCCCGUUUAUGAUAAGUUUUUAAUAUUAUUAUACAAUUAAUGAAUCAAUAUACAAAUGUAUGCAAAGGGUAAUUUUUACUUGUAAUCGACAUGUUUAUUGUGCUAAGAAUUCAGUAGACAAAGUGGAUCAUGGUAUUCAUAUAUAUUAUAUAACCGUAUCCGGCCGGAGGUGUGGCGGGGUCGCCAGCGACGCCAGCGACACCAGCGACGCCAGCGACACCAGCGACAUCUGCGGUGUCCUUACGUACGCCACGUUUAUUUAAUGUGACGCUUGUAUUGGAUCAAAUAGUUUGCAUGACACUUGUUUAUAAUACAUAUAGUUAGUGGUAAGGGGAUUUCAAAAUAUACGAAAUAAGAAUUGUUAUAGGAUGUAAUUUUAUACUGUCUAAUCUGUCGUACUCGCGCUAUGAGCUUAGGAUGUUUGUACCGUUUUAGUUCGAACCGAGCGGAAACAGGAAGGCCCUACUCAGUAUUGGCCAGGUUGAAAAAUAGAUACAUUCGAAACACAAAUCGUGAACUUGAUCAAUUUUGUAUUUUCUAAAAGAACAAUUAAUUUUGUAAUAAUUCAAUCGCUUAAUCGUAAUGUAACUCAAAGGAGAAGCUGGAGGCCAGUCCCCUUUUUUAUUUAUAUUAUAUCAUACAUAUCACCAAACGACUUACUUGAUUCUUUAUGUACUUCUUACACUGUUUGUAAGUGAUAUUUUGUAACGUAAGUGUUCCUUUAGCGAUUACCACGACACACCACGAUCACACUUGUUAAUGGACACUUUUAAAAUGACUCUUCCGAUUAUAAGUAUAUUUAUAAUUCUGCGGCCUCGAAUAUAUUUGUAAUAUAUUGAUAUUUAUGCAUUCUGUGAAAAUUGUGUGACAAUUUGUACCGAAUACAGAACGUAACCAAGUGUUUAGUAGUUCGUCGUACAGGCAUGCAGCAGAUUACCGUCUGUCACAGGGACACUUGUGUAACUGCGACGCGGAGCUAUGAGCUCGUGUAAACUGAUGAGUGUUACAAUAUGAAAAAUCAUAUUUAUAACUAAUAAUUGACCAAAUUUUCUAUCUUCAAUUUUUGUAACUGUGUGACGCGACGGGCCGCAGAUAUGUUCAAUAAAUGUCUACGAAAGAGUACGUUGCUUUGUGUGUUGUAUUGUAUUGUAUAUUUCUUUAUAAGAAUUACAAAUGUUUUUCAAGAACCGGUGAUUGUAAUGUUUGAUCUCGAUGAACCUUGUGCGAGUAAGUUUUAAUUUUAAAUUUUAAUGAUAAUACAUAUAUGGUUUUUAUACAA